AUGGAUGCCACGGAUGUUAGACUAAACACUUAUAAAACAGAAAUAAAUAGUUUAAAACAUCAACAACAACUAUUACAAAAAGACUCGGAAUAUUCACAAUCAAUCACUGAUCUCUAUAAAUCACAAACAACUGCAACUCAAACGAUAAUCGAUCAAAAUAAAUCGUUAACAGAGUUAGUUGAAGGUUUACAAACAACCAUUACAUCGUACAAUACAACAUUAACUAGCUUUACAACUUUAUGCGCUCCAAUUAUAAACAAUUCUGUGACUACUUCACCUAUUACUUCUCAAAUGCCAACCAGAUCAUCACAAACACAUGUAGUUCGCAAACCAAAAAUACAGUCGAGUAAAAAUGUGGUAAUUGGCGAUAGUUCAACUCCUGAUUUAAUACCCAAACAUUUAUGCACAACACAACAUCAAGUACAAGUAAAAACUAGUUCCGGUAGCAAUAUAAAUCGUCUACAUGAACAACUACACAACGGUGAUUUCGACCAGCUACUUUCUUCACCACCAACUGCCACUUUCAUUAUGGGAACUAUAAAUCUUUCUACUGAAUCACCCUUACAAACUAUUGAACAUACAAAAUCAUUUAUAUCAUCAUUUAAUAAAUUACAUCCAAACGUAAAAUUAUUUAUUCCACACGUACCAUACCGUUCAUAUUCUGGCUUACAACGAGAUAUUGAAACCACAGUAAAUGAAUAUAAUCAAUUAUUAGAUCAAGAAGCAGCAAGCGGUAAUUUUGUCACAUACGAUUUGAAUAUUACAGACGAUUCCUUUUUACUAAAAGGCGACAAUUAA